UGCUGUGGCAGCGGUGAGGCGGAGGUGGCGGCUGCAGUGUCUCCGUUGUCGGGAUAUUGGCGGCAGCAGCUGCAGGCUGAGCUGCGCUGUACAGACCCGGUGCAUGGUGCGGGAUCUCGGGACAGCGCGUAAGAUGCCUCUGAUGGAGCAAGCUUUGCGAAACAUCUCUGGCCCCGUGGCUUUGAACAGGAGCUCGAGCCGGAGAUCAUUUAAAGCCCUGGCCAUUGCAUCCUGAGGACCACAGCUUGGGAGAACAUGGCUGUGAUUUUAGAUGACGACGUGCCGCUCAUUCUGACCUUGGACGAGGGUGAGAGUGCUCCGCUGGCUCCUUCCGACAGCCUGGGCCAAGAAGAGCAGCCCAGCAAAAAUGGGGGCAGCCACAGCGUCCAGGACUCCCAGGGUCCCAGUCUGGUCCCCGGGGCCGGGACCUACAGUUUCCCCUCCAGUCCCGCUGGACACAACUGGGAGAUGAAUUAUCAAGAGGCCGCAAUCUACCUCCAGGAAGGCCAGAACAAUGACAAGUUCUUCACCCACCCCAAGGAUGCCAGAGCGCUGGCGGCCUACCUCUUUGCACACAACCACCUCUUCUACAUGAUGGAGCUCCUCACAGCCCUGCUGCUGCUGCUGCUGUCGCUGUGCGAGGCACCCGCCGUCCCUGCGCUCCGGCUUGGCAUUUAUGUCCACGCCACCCUGGAGCUGUUCGCCCUCAUGGUGGUGGUAUUUGAACUCUGCAUGAAGUUGCGGUGGCUGGGCUUCCACACGUUUGUCCGGCAUAAGCGCACCAUGGUCAAGACAUCCGUCCUGGUGGUGCAGUUCAUCGAGGCCAUUGUGGUGCUGGUGCGACAGACAUCCCACAUGCGGGUGACCAGGGCGCUACGCUGCAUUUUCCUGGUGGACUGUCGGUACUGUGGCGGCGUGCGGCGCAACCUGCGGCAGAUCUUCCAGUCGCUGCCACCUUUCAUGGACAUCCUUUUGCUGCUGCUCUUCUUCAUGAUCAUCUUCGCCAUCCUUGGUUUCUACUUAUUCUCCACUAACCCUUCCGACCCCUACUUCAAUACCCUGGAGAACAGCAUCGUCAACCUGUUUGUGCUUCUGACCACAGCCAACUUUCCAGACGUAAUGAUGCCCUCCUACUCCCGGAACCCCUGGUCCUGCGUCUUCUUUAUCGUGUACCUCUCCAUCGAGCUGUACUUCAUCAUGAACUUGCUCCUGGCCGUGGUGUUCGACACCUUCAAUGACAUCGAAAAGCACAAGUUCAAGUCUCUGCUGCUGCAUAAGCGAACCGCCAUCCAGCAUGCGUACCGCCUGCUUGUCAGCCAGCGGAGGCCAGCCGGCAUCUCCUACAGGCAGUUCGAAGGCUUGAUGCGCUUCUACAAGCCCCGAAUGAGUGCGAGGGAGCGCUUCCUGACUUUCAAGGCUCUGAACCAGAGCAACACACCUGUGCUCAGCCUGAAGGACUUCUAUGAUAUUUACGAAGUUGCUGCUCUGCAGUGGAAGGCAAAGAAGAACAGAGAGCAUUGGUUUGACGAGCUUCCCCGAACGGCUUUCCUCAUUUUCAAAGGAAUUAACAUCCUUGUAAAGUCCAAGGCCUUCCAGUAUUUCAUGUACUUGGUGGUGGCCGUCAACGGGGUGUGGAUCCUGGUGGAGACGUUCAUGUUGAAAGGUGGGAAUUUCAUCUCGAAGCAUGUGCCCUGGAGUUACCUCGUGUUUCUCACCAUCUAUGGAGUUGAGCUGUUCCUGAAGGUGGCUGGCCUGGGCCCUGUGGAGUACCUGUCCUCUGGAUGGAACCUGUUCGAUUUCUCCGUCACAGCAUUUGCCUUCCUGGGACUGCUCGCGCUGACGCUCAACAUGGAGCCGUUCUAUUUCAUAGUGGUCCUGCGUCCCCUUCAGCUGCUGAGGUUAUUUAAACUGAAGAAACGCUACCGUAACGUGUUGGACACCAUGUUUGAGCUGCUGCCACGAAUGGCCAGCCUCGGCCUCACACUGCUCACCUUCUACUACUCCUUCGCCAUCGUGGGCAUGGAGUUCUUCAAUGGGCGACUGUACCACAACUGCUGCAACACCAGCACGGUGGCUGACGCCUACCGGUUCAUCAACCACACGGUGGGCAAUAAGACCAAGGUGGAGGAAGGCUACUACUAUCUCAAUAACUUUGACAACAUCCUCAACAGCUUCGUGACCUUGUUUGAGCUCACAGUUGUCAAUAAUUGGUACAUCAUCAUGGAAGGCGUCACCUCACAGACCUCCCACUGGAGCCGCCUGUACUUCAUGAUCUUCUACAUCGUGACCAUGGUGGUGAUGACUAUUAUCGUGGCCUUCAUCUUGGAGGCCUUUGUCUUCCGCAUGAACUACAGCCGCAAGAGCCAGGACUCGGAAGUGGACAGCGGCAUUGUCAUCGAGAAGGAGAUUUCUAAGGAGGAGCUCCUGGCCAUCCUGGAGCUUUAUCGGGAGGUGCGGGGAACCUCCUCUGACGUCACCCGGCUGCUUGACACCCUCUCUCAGAUGGAGAAAUACCAGCAAAACUCCUUGGUGUUUCUGGGACGGAGAUCAAGAACCAAAAGUGACCUGAGCUUGAAGAUGUACCAGGAGGAAAUCCAGGAGUGGUAUGAGGAGCACGCCCGGGAACAAGAGCAGCAGCAGCUCAAGGGCAGGGUGCCCGGCCCCGCCACCCAGCAGCCCCCCGUCAGUCGCCAGCGCUCCCAGACUGUCACCUAGCCAGGUCUCAUCAAGCCAGCUCUUCUAUGCAAUAACACCAUAGUAUUAUGUACUAGAUGUAUGGAAACCGUGUGUGUAUGAAGACACACUCAUAUAUAUGCACAUAUUCACACACAGACAGAAGGAAUAGCCAGGGCCGGUUUGACCCGCCUUGCUCUGUCUUCCUGAGCUCCUUCAGUUGGCUUGGGCUAGAGGACCAGGCCCGGCUGAGCCCUUCCUACCAUGGAGAACUCCGGAAGCCCUGAAACAGGCUGUGCCAUCUUAGCUAGCGAUGCCAGCUUUCUUCAGGGGGGUCACACAGGUGGGACCCUGACUGCCUCCCUGCUGCUGCCUCAGGCUUCGUCCUGCAUCGUCCCCAUUAGUCCUGCGGCUACCACAGGUGCCCGUGUCUGGUAUUAGGGAGAAAACCACUAGGGAGAAACCCCACAGCCUGCAGGAUGAUAUCUGUAGAUGGCAGAGUGCUAGGAGGUUCCCUUGAGGGAUCAGUGCCUGCGACCCAGUGGGACAUCUAGUCAGGCCUCUGCUGGACAGAGAUGGUGCCAGACAGCAGAGCACUCCACCCAGCCUUGUGGCUGAAAUCCUCUAACAGCUUCCUAGGGAAGCUAGGCCCAGCAGGAGGAAGCCAACAGGACUCCGCAGGAAUUUGGCCAGUCCCUUCUGUAAGUCACUGCUCAGCAAUUAGUAUGAGCUGGUGCUGAAGGCAAUGCCCCUCCCAGCCCCCUUCUUCACACAGUGCAGGAGAUACUGUGUCUGGGGAGGGAGCCACAGCACCGAGACCUUUAUUGCCCGUCCCGGCAGUUCUUGACCACCACCACAUCCACCACACCAUGGGGUGCUGCUUGUCAAGAACUCUGGGGCACAGUGAGGACUGGUCUUCCCCAAGGUUCUCAUAAGCUAGCUGCGUGGGGGAGGAGGGUCAGGUGAGCAUUCAGUCGCCUUCUACCAGUGCUUUGUGGGAGUUCUUUUGACAUCUCAGCAAGGUGGUGGUUAGGCAGUGAGUGGAGCAAAGGCGGUAGAAGCAGGGAUAGAGCUGUGGUUACUUCAUCCCGCUGUUCUGUCCCCUGGGGGAAGAAGCACAGAGGCAGGCAGGGUUGGGGAGAGCUGGGGAAGCAGCUCCGUCUCUGCCUGGCACCCCUGCUAAUCUGACCUUCCAUACCCGCUGUUGAUUGGGAGUCAGAGUGGGCAGGCACAGGUCCCCUCACGUUCUCCCCGCUGAAGAACGUGAGGCCAAGCUGGAAAGCAGGCGUUUUCACUUUAAAGCACAGCCCCUGGGAAAGCCACUGGUUCCCACAGGGAGUCAGGACUGGCAGAGUUCCUUCCGGUUGGAAGGGCUCCCUGGGGCUCAGCCUGGACUCAGGGCACAGCCCCCUCCCAGAGAAGCUGCUUCAUUUGCACAGCUGGGUGCCUUAGUUUUUGUGUAUGAGUGGCAUUUUGGAAGCAGAAAGAGGGAGGCCUCCAAAGACGGCCUGGUCAUAGGCCCUUACUCUACCCCAAGGAUUUCAAAUAUCCCGCAGCCUCGGAGAGCAGAGCGCAGGUGUGCACGCUGGUCUGCCCGACGCAGAGGUACCAGAAUCCUCUGGGUUAAGCACACACCAGCCAGGUGCCUGAGGGAAAUAGUGCUGGCAGACCAAACUGCAGCCUGUUGUGUCCCCUGGGGGACACCUGUCCCCCUACAGGGUCACCCUGGGCACGCCAAGCUGGGGGCAGACAUAAUUGCCCAAGCUGUGAACUGAGGACCCUGGGACCCUGUCUAGCCUGGAUACCCCUUCCCUCAGUUCAGUUGAAUGGGGACGGGUGGCUCUGUGUCACAGCCUAUGGAACCACGCUCCUCCUGACAGGGCAAAGGCACUGUGGGGACGGUGUCCAGCUCUUUCCUCCUUGCUUCCCCUCCCCCACCCCAGCCUUACUGCACACCAUGCAGACAAUCAUUUUGUAUGGGUCAGGAGCCACGUCGUCGUCGUCAGAAGGUUUUAUACAAUGAUUUGUUACCUUGGAACCCACUGUGCCCGGAUUUCUGGUGUCAAUAAAGAGCCUCUGCUUUGUA